AUGAACCAAGUGCAGCCCGGCGGCGGAACUACCGGCAUCUUGAACAAGUGCAAGGAAAUCAACGACGGAAUCGGUGAUCUGCGCGCCAAGCGCGAAGGCCAACUCUCUGCCGCCCAGAACGCCUUGUUGGACUCGAGCACCGAAAAGGAGGACCAAACUGCCCGCCAGACUCUCGACUACAUCGAAGACGAAAUCAACAACGGUUUCCGCUACCUGCGCGAUCUUCUCAAGCGCAUCAAACAGACCCCCGGUUCCGGUGAUGCCCGUGUCCAGACCCAGAUCGAUGUCACCAGUCGUAACCUGCGUCGCGAAAUCGAGCAGUACCAGCGCGCUCAGUCAGACUUCCAGAAGCGUUUGCGCGAGCAAGUUCGUCGCCGUUAUGAGAUUGCCAAUCCCGAGGCCACUCCGGAGGAGCUUGACCAGGGUGUUGACAACGUGCUCAUGGGACAGGAGCAGAGCUUCCAGGUUGCCGGUACGCGAUCCCGUCAAGCCAAUGAUGCCCGUCGCGCCGCCUUGGAACGAUCUGCAGCCAUUCGCAAGAUUGAGCAGGAUAUGAUCGAACUCGGUCGUCUGUACCAGGAAAUCGCCGAACUGGUGCAUAUGCAGGAACCCCAAGUGGAGCAGAUCCACCACGGCGCCGAGGAUGUCGUGGGUAAUGUGCAGAAUGCCAACACUCAGAUCGACUCGGCCAUCUCCAGCGCGCGUAAAGCCCGGAAGUGGAAGUGGUACGCUUUGCUCAUCGUCAUCCUCAUUAUUGCCAUUGUUGUCGGUGUUGCUGUCGGUGUCAAAGUUGGUGGUGACAACAAAUAG